GCUUGAAAAUAUGAAUGGCAAACAUACCCAAAAUAUACACACACUAGUUAGUUGUAAACAAAGUAGGACAGUAGUGUAGUGUAGGGCCAUAUGUACAAAACAAAAGUCCAACAAAUGAUGAUCAUAAGAAGCACAACCCUCCACAGCCUCCCUUUAUAUUAAUUUUUCCCCUCUUUCCCCCAACACUAUCAUCACUUCUGUCACCUCCUUUCUCUCUCUUCAUCUAGGAAACUUCAAUCACAAUCUUUCCAUCUUUGUACAAGUAUAGUCUACAGUUUCAUUUCAUUCCGUGUUCCUAACUAACAAAGCAUGAAACAACAACAAAACCUUACCCUCCAAAGAAGCACAAGCACAAGCGCCACCAUCACAACAAGAAACAAUCGUAGAAUCAUCCCUUCAAACCACCGACUCUCAGAAUCCGAUGAUUUCUCCGGCAACCUUCUCAUAAGACAAGGAUCAUCACCCUCAAUCUCUUCCUUCUCCAAUCAACGUCAACAACAAGCAAAACAAACAACAACAACAAAGAAGCUAUCUUCACUUAUACGUUCUUUCCUCAACAUCUUCACUUUUCAAACCAUAUUUCCAACAUGCAACUGGCUCACCAUUCCUUCCACCCUCUCCUCCACUUCAAUCUCCCCUUCACUCGGCCGCAAAGUCACCGGAACACUCUUCGGGAACCGCCGUGGUCAUAUAUCAUUCGCCGUCCAACUUCACCCUCGCGCUGAGCCUCUCCUCCUUCUCGAACUCGCCAUGUCCACUUCUUCACUUGUAAAAGAGAUGUCUUCUGGACUCGUACGCAUAGCACUCGAGUGCCGGAAGACAUCAUCAACGGCCUCUGCUGUCAGCGGAGGCCGAGUCAGGCUCUUUCAUGAGCCUGACUGGACCAUGUACUGCAAUGGGAGGAAGUGCGGCUAUGCAGUUUCACGCACGUGCGGGGAACUAGAUUGGCACGUGCUGACCACCGUGCAGAGCGUCUCCGUUGGUGCUGGAGUGAUUCCGAUGUUGGAAGACGGUGGUGGUUGCGGCGGGUCAGAGGGUGAGUUGAUGUAUAUGAGAGCUAAGUUUGAACGAGUCGUUGGGAGCCGUGACUCAGAAGCAUUCUACAUGCUGAAUCCUGAUGGUAAUGGAGGACCUGAACUUAGUAUUUUUCUAUUGAGAAUAUGAUUGAUCUAAAUUGUAAGCAAAUAAAAAGAUGUCAUUAGAAUUUGACUUUUUUAGGAAAAUUAAUUAAAUAGGACAUUGUGUAAGAUUGAUAUGUGUGUAAUAAUAUUUAGUUAGGAUUGGUUUGAUCACUUGUUGAUUUUAUGUUUAAAGAUUGUACCUAUACACAUAAAGAUGAAAUUGUAUGUGAUUUAAUUUCAGAUCACAUAUAUGUACACUUUAUAAUCAAGUUGAGGGAUGUUAGAAAGAUACGCAAA